AUGGCUUCGACCGAGAUAGCAAGGCAAGCUGGUGAAGGCGCUCGUGCUGUGCCUCUGUCCGGCCAUGUUGGCUUUGACAGUAUGCCUGACCAGCUGGUCAACAAGUCUGUCAAUCACGGCUUCUGCUUCAACAUUCUGUGUGUUGGUGAGACCGGUUUGGGCAAAUCCACCCUCAUGGACACACUGUUCAACACCAAGUUUGAGGGGGAGCCGACCCAGCACAAUCAGCCGGGAGUCACCCUGAAGUCCAACACCUACGAACUUCAGGAAAGCAACGUGCGCCUUAAACUCACUAUGGUCAAUACUGUGGGUUUUGGAGACCAGAUAAAUAAAGAAGACAGUUACAAGUCCAUUGUGGAGUUCAUCGAUGCACAGUUUGAAGCAUAUCUUCAGGAGGAACUCAAAAUCAAGCGCACACUUCACAGUUACCACGACACCCGCAUCCACGCAUGCCUGUACUUCAUCGCACCAACUGGACACUCACUCAAGUCCCUGGACUUGGUGACCAUGAAGAAGCUUGACAGCAAGGUCAAUAUUAUCCCAAUCAUUGCAAAAUCAGAUGCCAUCUCCAAGAGCGAACUGGCCAAGUUCAAGAUCAAAAUCACCAGUGAGCUGGUCAGCAAUGGCGUCCAGAUCUACCAGUUCCCUACGGAUGAUGAGUCUGUGGCAGAGAUCAACUCCACCAUGAAUAGCCAUUUGCCCUUCGCCGUGGUGGGGAGCACAGAGGAAGUGAAGAUUGGGAAUAAAAUGGUGAAAGCUCGGCAGUACCCCUGGGGGACAGUGCAGGUGGAAAAUGAAAAUCACUGUGAUUUUGUGAAACUCAGAGAAAUGCUCAUCAGGGUCAACAUGGAGGACCUGAGAGAACAAACCCACACACGGCAUUAUGAGCUCUAUCGCCGCUGCAAACUCGAAGAGAUGGGCUUUAAGGACACGGACCCUGACAGCAAGCCCUUCAGUCUGCAAGAAACGUAUGAAGCAAAACGGAACGAGUUCAUGGGAGAACUGCAGAAGAAAGAAGAAGAAAUGAGACAGAUGUUCGUCCAGAGAGUUAAAGAGAAAGAAGCCGAGCUCAAAGAAGCAGAGAAGGAGCUGCACGAGAAGUUUGACCGUCUGAAGAAGCUUCACCAGGACGAGAAAAAGAAGCUGGAGGAGAAGAAGAAGGCCCUGGAUGAUGAAGUCAACACGUUCAAACAGAAAAAGACUGCAGCCGAGCUUUUGCUGAACCAAGCCCAGCAGGCAGGGGGCUCCACUACGCUCAAGAGGGAUAAAGAGAGGAAAAACUUCUUUUAAUCUGUCUUGACCACCUGAAGAGGGGGAUUGCCGCUUCAGCGAGAACUGAGCUCCCUUUACCUCUUCCUGACUUUUCUUGCCGUUUCAACCUUCUAUUCUUGUUGUUACAUCCGCAUUCUUUACAUUUUUUUUUCUUUUUUUGGUGAAUGAUGGCCUUAUGUGGACUCUCAUGGUAUUUCUGACCACUUAACGAAGCUCUAAACUCAGGCAGGUUGGGAACCAGACACAGUUUGCAUCUGUUAUCAUGUCUUAAUGUAUAUAGUGAGAAUAAUAGGAAUGAGAUGAGGGAGGGCAUCUAUUUUAGUCUGUGAUUCAACAAAACCUGCUACUGUGCACUAUGCAGGCAUCGGUUCAAAUGAUUCCAAAUGCAAAAUGGGUGUAAAAGAACAAAAAGAAAACAAGCUAAAGGUUUGCUAUUGAAUAAAUUGAGGACUGACGCCCCUCAAUGCACCGUGUUCCCAGAUUCACUCUUUUUUCUUUUAUAAAAUUCAAGUUUAUUUUUAAAACUUCAAUCUAAUUUUCAUUCUCUGAGCACCAAAAUAAAAUUCGUCACUUAAGAACCAAAGCAACCUUUGUGGUUCCCAUGUUUACACGUCACUGUUAAAUACCAUGGAGGUCACAUGAUAUGGCCUUUUCUACAACACUUCGUGCUUUAACACUUCACCAGCCUAUUCUAUAUACAUUUGUUUUUUAGUUUGUUUUUUUUUGCAUGCAAAUCUUUUUUUAUUUUUUACUUGUUAGCAUAUUACUGUGCUGUUUGCCCUGCUUUAAUUUUAUUUCCAGAACUACAAUUUGUUCCUUUUCAUUGAUGUUUCUCCCCUCAACAUGGUGCAUAUUAUUCAUGUAUAUUUGCUCAGUCCCAUAAUUUAAGCUCCCAUUUUGCCAAAUGUUAGUAUAAAAUGAAGUUCAACUGAAUUCCAGAGAAAAGUAUUCAAAAAUACUUGUGCAUUUAUAUAAUUUAUAAGGAUAUAUUUUGUGUAUUGAAGUGGAGAUUUGUUGUUUAUUACCUAUGAUCUUUGGAUGUGAUGCUGGGUGUAAAUCAACAUUUUUGGUGUCAGGAUUUGCCAGACAUUUUCUGUUUUUAAGUAUCAGUCAUCACCUUCUUGUAGUCUAAACCUUUUACCACAUUACAAGACUAAUCAAUACCUGUCCUUAGUUUAAUACCCAUGGUGUACAUUUUGGAUAAUAAAAAAAUAGACCCCAAAA